AUGACGAACUACAAGAUCGAUAUCGUCUCGGACACAGUCUGUCCAUGGUAUGUCCUCUUGACAAGCCACCCGUAGCAAGAGCUUGGGCUGAUACAGAGACAGGUGUUAUGUCGGCAAGAAUCGCCUCGAACUCGCCAUAAAGCAACACAAAGCCUCCAGCCCGAACGACACCUUUACGACCACAUGGCAUCCCUUCUACCUCAACCCAGAUGCGCCCAAGAGCAUCGAUAAGCAGGAGUACUACGAGAAGAAGUUUGGCGCAUCGAGAACCCAGAUGAUGCAGGGACAUUUGGCAAGACUAGGGCAGCAAGUCGGUAUCAACUUCGCCUUUGGCGGGAAAACAGGGAAUACUCGCGAUAGUCACAGAUUGAUCCAGCUGGGCAAGACCAAGGGCGAAGAGGUGCAGACGAAGGUUGUCGAGCAGCUGUUCAAUGGAUAUUUUGAAAAUGAAGAGGAUAUCACAUCGCAGGAGGUGCUGAUCGCCCGUGGAGUGAAAGCCGGCUUGGACGAGAAGGAAGUGCGAGACUGGAUGGAAGCUGGAAAGGGAGGUCCAGAGGUUGACAAAGAGGUCGCAAAGGCACAGCGAGGCUUUGUGGGCGGUGUGCCGAAUUUCACGAUCAAUGAUCGGUAUGAGAUUCAGGGCGCCGAGGAGCCAGCUGCUUUCCUGCAGGUCUUUAAAGAGAUUCACGAUACGGGGAGUGCGAAUGGGAAAUUGAAUGGCGACAACACUUGCUAG